CGCCCCCACACUCAGCUGCAGUACCGCCCUCCUCCGCAGCAGCAGCAGGGGGCGCUGUUGUACACACUGAGACUCCACAGUGCAGUGCAGCUCGUAAACAUGACAUAACGUGUCACGCUGUUUGUUUUAGGCUUUAAAUCAUCUUCAUGUCUGUGAAACACUCAGCUGCUCUCAUCUCAACAUGUUGCGGACACUGUGUCGGGCCGGCGGCGUCGUGUUUCAGAGCUCCCAGAGGACUGCACCCAGACUGUGGCUGCCUCCAGCCCAGCAGCAGCGAUGCGCCUCCCGCUUACCCAUGAACACUGUGGUCCUGUUUGUGCCGCAGCAGGAGGCCUGGGUGGUGCAGAGGAUGGGGCGCUUUCACCGGAUCUUAGAGCCGGGUCUGAACUUCCUCAUUCCCAUACUUGACCAAAUUCGUUACGUGCAAAGCCUCAAAGAGAUCGUCAUCGACAUCCCUGAGCAGUCAGCCGUCACGCUGGAUAACGUGACACUGCAGAUCGACGGAGUUCUUUUCCUGAGAAUCACCGACCCCUAUAAGGCUAGUUAUGGUGUAGAGGAUCCAGAAUAUGCUGUUACUCAGCUUGCACAAACCACAAUGCGAUCAGAGCUGGGCAAACUCAGCAUGGAUAAAGUAUUCAGGGAGAGAGAGUCUCUUAAUUCCAACAUUGUGCACUCCAUCAACCAGGCGUCGGACGAGUGGGGCAUCAGCUGUCUGCGUUAUGAAAUCAAAGAUAUACAGCUGCCGCCUCGUGUUAAAGACUCAAUGCAGAUGCAGGUGGAGGCCGAGCGCAGGAAGAGAGCCACGGUGUUGGAGUCUGAGGGGACGCGGGAGGCGGCCAUCAACGUCGCCGAGGGACGCAAGCAAUCGCAAAUCCUCGCCUCGGAGGGCGAGAAGGCCGAGCAGAUCAACAAAGCGGCCGGCGAGGCCCAAGCUGUGUUAGCCAAAGCGGAGGCCAAAUCCAAGGCCAUCCGUCUGCUGUCAGGGGCUCUGGCUGCAGAGAACGGAAGUGCUGCAGCGUCGCUGAGCGUCGCCGAACAAUACGUGUCGGCGUUCUCCAACCUCGCCAAAGAGUCCAACACCGUGCUUCUGCCGACCAACACCGGUGACGUCAGUGGGAUGGUCGCACAGGCCAUGACCAUUUACGGCACGCUGGCCAAACCGAGGCCAAAAGUUGACAGCGAGACAGACGAGCCCAGUGAAGAAGAGCCUGCCGCCCACUCGACGUCAGCUCAGUAGAAGCGGCCGCUGCU